AUGAAGCUGCACGAACAACACCGGCACACUCAUCGCCAUGCAACAACAACAAAAACAGCAUUACGAACACCAACACCAUCGACCCCACAUCAUUCUCCACGUUUGUUGUUGUCGUCGUCGUCAUUCAUUAGCAUUGUUUUGUUUACAUUCUUGCAAAGUCUAACAACGUGUGCUGCCAAAACAUAUCCCUGUCCCUAUUCUCAAACAGUUAACAUUACCGAUGGUCUACGUCUAAAAGAUGGAUCGUAUUCAUUUGAAGGAUUGGUUAUACCGGCUAAUUUGACAGCGGAAUAUAAAAUAAAAAUUAUCGAUGGUAUUGAAUAUUCGGCAGCGAAACAUUGGCGUGGUUGUGCCUGCCUCCUAAAGCCAUGUGUCACUUUCUGUUGCCCCCCGAAAAUGCACUACGAUGAGAAACAUCAAAAUUGUAGUCUCAACGAAAAGGAUAGCCACUCACAGCAUAGCCACAUUGAAGUGACAUUUGCCAAUGGCACUACCAGUGCUGUGAAUAUUAAGGACACGUUUAUAGUACGCUAUGAAUUUGGCUGUAAGAAUAAAAUUAUCGAAAGGAAGCGAAAUGAAUUUUGGAAAUGGGAUCUUUUUGAGAAUGGCACCUUGAAACGUGACGGACGUAUGUACUCCACAGAUGAGUAUUGUUUUACACCAUUGGAGAAUAAAAAGGCAUGGAGUUUAACACCCCUGACUUGUGAAAGAUUUAAGAAAGGAUUUCGUGUAUGGAUUUAUGCUAUAUGUACCAGUUUGGCAAUAAUAAUCAACAUUGGUAUAAUUCUGAUGUUUGUAGCCAUCAAGGAUGUUCGAAACAGCAACUAUGGUGAAGGCUUAAUAUUUCAUUUGUUUUCCCUAACAAUGGGUCUGUGUUUUCUGGUGUAUUUGCAUUUGAAAAAUCCAUUGAAUUUAUCGCACACAGCAUGUCGAAAUAUAGGCUUCUUGGCAUAUUUCUUUAUAAUUGUCUCGUUUUUAAUAUUGAAUAUUAUCAGCGGUAGCUUUUGGGCCAUAUUUUCUUUGAAGCCCAUUAAAACGUGGUAUUUGAAGGUGUUAUAUGGUCUAACAUUUGCCGUGGGCUUGGCAAUGAAAUAUGUUGUCAAGGCGGUGCAGGACUCAAAUGUUGGACGUCAUUUGAAACCGGGUAUUGGUGAGGAUUUUUGUUGGUUCGAUACACGUUUAUGGGGUAUCCUCUUAUAUUUGUACAUACCAAUUGUAAUCUCUAUGGCUGCUAGUCUGUUCUGUUCGGCGCGUGCCUAUUUUAGAAUUUUCCAAUUGCCAAGUGACACCCAAAUGGUAGCUGGAAAAGAUUUUAAAAUAACAAAAACACAUUUCAUUUCGUAUUGCAUUUACAUUUUGGUUGUCUUCUCGAUUUGGAUGCGUGAAAUGAUUGUCUAUGUAACGGCUCGUAUAAGAGAACAUUUCUUUAUUAUCGAUUAUUGGAGUGGUAUUUGCGUUUUAUCGCUGGCCUGUGUCGGAUUCGUUUUCCUACUCUACAAGAAUAAAUUUGUUCAAAAAUGGUGGAGUGAAAAUGUAACGGGUACUGCCAAGAACACGGAAUAUGAUUUAACACCGGACUAUUCAUUUUUACGGGUGCAGAAUUUUAAGAAAUCAGAUGCAACAGAUAAUGCAGAAAAUGGAACUGAAUGA